GUCAAAAACUCCAGACAAGCAUUCGCAGGAAGGCAGGCAAAAAUUUUAAUAAAAUUUUGGAUUUUCGGAAAGCUAAGAGUUGCAUUUGCAUCAGUGUUAGUCCCGAAAUUUAAGGGUAAAUUAUAUAAUCUCUCUGUAAAUUUUACAAAUGGGUGAUAACGAUGAUUAUUAUGAUGGUGACGGGACAAUGGAGUCUUUGGCAACCUCUCCAGAGGUCACCUACAACUGGGUAGAUAUUACUUCUGAUUUCUUCAAGCAUAUUCAAGAUCUUCAAUUAGGCGAGCUCCUACACGAUGGCCACUUGUUCGGACUGUUUGAGGCAAUGUCGGCCAUUGAGAUGAUGGAUCCCAAAAUGGAUGCUGGAAUGUUAUGCAAUCGCGGAAACCCUAAGCCACUUAAUUUCCAACAAGCUGUUGCAGCUGGCAAGCUGAAAAUAGAUGACAUAGAACCGAGUGAGCUGAUCGGAAUCAUUGAUGCAACUAAGGCCUGCAUCGUGUCUUGGUUGGAAGGCCACUCGUUGGCCCAAACUGUCUUCACCAACCUGUAUUUGCACCAACCCCACAAUAUUGUGAACAAGACGUUGAAAGCAUAUUGUAUUGCAGUGUACAAGUUAUUGGAUUGCAUCAGAGAUUGUAUUAACAAGGCCCAAGUGUUUGAAGAAGAAGAUUUUCAACCUAUGGGCUACGGUUAUCGUCUUGGCUCGAACCCGCAGACAGGGAAUACUUAUGAUGUCAAUCUCGAGGUGACUGAGCAGAAGUGCGUUGCUAUGUUAAGGGAACAGGAGGAGGAGCUGAAUAAGAAAGCUAGAAGUGGUGAAGAUGAUGCGAGCAACCUCUGGGCAGCACUCGCAGCGAGGAUUCGCUUCACCAGAAUGUUCUACCAAGCCCUCCUCCUGAUUACGAAGAGAGACUCACAGUCCGGCGUGGACUGUGUUGCACUGCUGAACGGUUGCUCUGAGAUGAUGAAGGUCAUCAUCAAAACAGCUGGGAAAGGAACACAACCUGUUGAGAAUUCCGACUCCCCAAACCCGAUGGGCUUCGAGCCGAUGAUCAACCAGCGUCUGCUGCCGCCCACGUUUCCGCGGUAUACGCGCAUCAAGCCGCGCGCCGACGCGCUGCAGUACUUCGACGAGCUCGUCGCGCGGCUGCGGCACGCGUGGAAGAUCACCUCGUGCACCAACUUCCACACCGCGCUGGACUUCUUCAUGGAGUUCAGCCGGCAGCGCGCGUGCAUCCUCUCGCGUUCCGCGCUACAACUGCUGUACCUCAGCCCGUCGCCCGCCACCACGGCCUCAAUGGCUCAAAGCGCGAUGAACUCGCCCGCGGGCCAGCCGCGGCCGCAGCACGCCUUCGCCGAGAUACUGCGGGAGUCCGUCAAGAGCUUCGUCAACCCGCCCGCCCUCACGGCCAAGUCGCCCGUCCUGUCCACGCCGCAGGCCCGUGAGUUCGUGGAGAACUUCCUGGCCCGUUGCGUCCGCCCGUUCGCAGUCCUACUGCAAGUGUGUGGACACAACCGCGCGCGGCAGCGGGACAAGCUUGCCUUGUUGUUGGACGAGUUCGCAGCUCUGCAGGAAGAGGCGGAGAGCGUGGAUGCGGUGCUGAGCGGUGCCGCGGGGACAGGCCCACGGGCUUGCUUCGGCACUUGGAUCCUGUACCACGUACUAAGGGUCAUGAUCGCCUAUCUACUGUCCGGACUCGAACUAGAGCUCUACAGUGUACACGAGUAUCACUAUAUCUUUUGGUAUUUAUACGAGUUCCUAUACGGCUGGCUAGUGUCAGCGCUUGGCCGCGCUGAGACCUUGGCAUUCGAAGGUGCCAAGCGCCAAGACGCCAAGCGAGCCGGCGCCAGGAAACAGAAGAAGAGGACCAGGCCGUAUGCUAGGGAGGGCCUUAUGUGCCAAGUCAUGCAGAACAUGUGCGGAGGUUACUAUAAGGCACUGGUCGCGUUCAAAUUACAAGGCAAGAUCCGGCAGCCGCAGUCCGCGUUCGACAACGAGGCCGUCCGCUACAAGCACCGCUUCGCGCCGCUGUCCGUGCUCACGCCGCCGCAGGUGCACUACCACGAGUUCUGCGAGAUGACGCAGCCGCUGCAAUAUGAAAACCCUGUGAUACUGUACCUUGGAGGGUGCAAGCACUUUCAGCAAGCCAGGUCCCUUUUAGAAACUAUUACAACGCCUGAUCAAGAGGUUUCGGAUCUCCUAAAAGUAGCCAAAACUAAUUUCGUAGUCCUAAAAUUACUAGCCGGAGGUCACAAAAGGGACUCGACCACGCCCCCUGAAUUCGAUUUCUCCGCCCACAGACAUUUCCCUAUCAUAAAACUAGUCUAAUAGCUGUAAAUAAGUUAAAACAAUUGACGACUAAUAUUUUAAUCAAGAGAACUGGCCAGUAAAUAAUAUAAGACACUCUUUUUUGUAAAAGUAUGUACAGUGGCAGGUUGACUUGGAAAAAUUUAAAUAGAUGGCGCUAGUAUAGUUGGCGGUCUUGUCAGCUGUCAUUUGGGUCAUUUGUUUUCUUUUGCGAUGAAAAAUAACCCGACAACAAUGAAAAGGUUAUAAGUUCCUUUAUUUUCACAUUUAACAGCGCUGGCUGUUCUAUAUCUCAAAUUAUUUUUUUCCAUUCCCUAACACCAGAGAUUUUUCCACUCUUUUCACUAAAAUUGACAAAAAUAAGUGUUUCAAAUAUACGAGACACAAAGUUAGCGUGACGUUUUAUGACCUUCAGCUACACUAGCGUCAUCUGGCGGGAACAAAAGCUAAAAUUGCUGCCAUUGUCACGACGACGGACAUGUAAAAAGUCUGUCGCAGCCUCUUUAAAAUUAUUUACAAUUUUCCCACAACUUUUUUAUAUAGUUUGCAAAUACAAAGUACAAUCAUUGUGUGAAAUAAUUACGUUGUGCAUCUGGAUUUACCAAUACUUUGUCUUACGAUAAUUUGAUAUCGACUAGUCUUGUAUAAUUGUCACAACAUCACAUAAUUAGUAGUUACUAUAGAGUUGCGUGAAAAACGAAAUCCUAACUAUUAUGUAUAAGAUCUAAUUAAAGAUAAUCUGAGCUAAAUGUUGCUAAAUACUAUGUAAGAAGAUAAUAGUAUAAUAGUUUGCUUCCGCAUCUCUGAAAUUGAUCUAUUGAGUAAUUGUAAUAACUUGAACAAUCAAUAAAAUUAUUUAUGUUAUUCU